AUGCUUUCUAUUCUUGCCCUCGCUGGCCUGGCUGCCACCGCUCUGGCUGCGCCUGCUAGCCAGUCUGGCUGCACUUUCACUGACGCCAACGCCGCCAUAAAGGGCAAGGCUAGCUGCUCGAACAUUGUCUUGCAGAAUAUCAGCGUCCCUGCUGGAGUCACUCUUGACUUGACUGACCUCAACUCGGGCACCAACGUCACCUUCCAAGGCAAGACUUCCUUCGGAUACAAGGAGUGGCUUGGUCCCCUGAUUGCCGUUUCGGGUUCCAAUAUCAACGUCGUCGGCGCCCCUGGCAACUUGAUUGACUGCGGAGGCCAGCGUUGGUGGGAUGGCAAGGGCGGCAACGGCGGCAAGAUCAAGCCCAAGUUCUUCGCUGCCCACGAUCUGCAAGACUCCAACAUUCGAAAUCUCAAUGUGCUCAACACUCCGGUUCAGGCCUUUUCCAUCAACACCUGCACGAACCUUGGCAUCUACAACAUCAUCAUCGACGACUCGGCCGGCGACAACGGACCUAAUGGCGCCCACAACACUGACGGCUUCGACGUUGGUUCUUCGAACGGAGUUCACAUAUCUGGCUGCAUUGUGAAGAACCAGGACGACUGCCUCGCCAUUAACUCCGGCACCAACAUCACUUUCACCAACGGCACUUGUAUAGGUGGCCAUGGCCUCUCCGUUGGAUCCGUUGGUGAUCGCAAAAACAACGUUGUUGAGACCAUUCGCAUCAUCAACUCGGUGAUUACCGAGUCUGUAAACGGCAUUAGAAUCAAGACCAUCGCCGGUGCUAUCGGUUCUGUUACGGAUGUCUUAUACUCCGGCAUCACCAUGUCUGGCAUCAGCUGUUUCGGCAUCAUCGUUCAGCAGGACUAUAAGAACGGAGUCCCGACCGGAAAGCCCACCAGCGGCGUUCCCAUUACCAAUCUUAACAUCACCGGGAUCACCGGCAACGUCAAGCCUUCUGGAACAAACAUCCAGAUUCUGUGUGGAUCGAAGGGUUGCAGGAACUGGAAUUUGAAUGCCAUUAAUCUGUCGGGUGGUCAGCAGUCCGCCAAGCCUAUCAAUGCCCCGCCGGGCGCGCUGCAGAGCAUGAACUCUUGA